UUUCAGUGUCUCUGGCUUUCGAUAACAGGUUUCGGAGACGCGUUGAGGUGUAUGUCCUGCCACAGUACACCCACUAUACAGCAGUGUCGGGAAACAACAGCAUGUAAAGAACAUGAGAUUUGUUCUGUCGAGGAGUUCAUUUCUGCAAAUGGCAAAAUUUACUACAGACUUGGAUGUCAGUCUAAAGGGACAUGCCAAAACUUAGGCAUGGGAAGAAGGAGCGCUACUAAAAAGACGGGUGAGGAGGACGUUGGUGACAUCACCAUAUGUGCAGAGUGUUGCUCCUCCCCGUUCUGUAAUAUAGAGGGCUGCGGACAACCUGCUCUUCCAACUAGUGAACGAGGACCCUACUGUUUUACGUGUGAAAAGGCGUCUUCCCUAGAUGGGUGUGAUAACGUCACCGUCUGUGAAAAAGGAGAUAACUGUAUGAUGUUUGUUCCGCUCUUGAACACGCACAUUCGAACAGCAAGUGUCCAGCAACCUGCUGUAAGGGCGAUUUCUGCAAUACGAAGUGUGGUGAUAUAUCUGCAACAAUGUUUUUGCCGUCAACUCACAGUUUUGCGUCAAUUACAACACAAAAACCAUUUGGAGGAAGCUACUAAAGUCAGCUUUAGCGAAGCUCAGGCGUUCUGUCGUCAAACUGGGGACGAGCUUGUUACAUUGGACACGUACGCUAAAUUCAACUCCGUGCAAUACGCAAUCAUACAUCAUUCAAAGGAACAGCAGCAAAGAAACUACUGGAUCGGUGCAAAUGCGAAUCAGACUUUAUCCGGGAAGGUGUUUGGAUGGGAAAGUUUGCGGACAUUGGGUUUUACAGCAUGGGGACCAGACGAACCAGAUGUCGACCCGAGUCAGCUCUGUGUCGUGCUCAAUGUCUUGGAAAAUUACGAAUGGUUUGACACUCGAUGUGACAGUCCUUUCCAUUUUAUUUGCGAGCACGAUAUUUUAAGAAAUGGCAGAUUCAUUACAGGCAUGCAACACCCAACAGCGUCCUCUAAACCAUUAACGACGCCAUCCACACCUUCAACUGUCUCUCCGUCAAUACAUUCGUCAUUGACUGCGUCGUUAACAACCGUCUUUACUACAACGUCACAGCUUAUCUGCGAUACGUCGAUCGGUUUUACUCUUUUGUCCAAUGCAUCUACCAGUUUGUGUAUGAAAAUAUACAACUUUUCCGCUACCUGGGACGUCGCUCGAGAUAUAUGUCAUUCUGUAAAUGCUGAUUUGGUUGUUCUGGACUCAUAUGAAAAAGGCUUUCUAUUCAGACAAUGGAUAUCUGACUCACAGAGUGAAUUCUGGUCGUCAUCUCAGCCGAAUUCAGACACUGGUCGACAGGAGUGCCUCAUAAUAUACCCAUCCAAUAACUGGCACGACAGACCAUGUAGAGGGGCUAAAUUAUGA